AUGAGUGUUAUUAUUGGUGAGAAAGAUGAUAUUCGCAGUGGAGCUACGCUAUCUUCAGUGAAACCAAUAAAAGCAAUUGUAAAUUUAGCUGGCGCACCUUUACUUAGUUUUCGGCGUUGGACUGAUGAAUAUAAAAAUGAGGUUGUUCAAAGUCGAAUAGGUACAACAAAAACAUUUCUGGAUUUUAUUAGAGAUUUAAAAGAUGAAAAACCAGAAGUAUAUGUAUCAAUGUCUGGUGUAAGUUAUUAUAAACCAGAUCCAAUUAAAGAAUAUACUGAAACAUCAGAAGGUGGUGAUUAUGAUUUUCUAUCACGAUUAGCAAGAGAUUGGGAACAAGCAUCAAAACCUAUUGAAACAACGUUUAAUGUUAGAAGAGUUAUUCUUCGUUCGGGAGCAGUACUUGGUUCAACUGGUGGUAUGAUUGGAUCAAUGUAUUGGCCAUUUUUCUUCAGUUUGGGAGGUCCAAUUGGUAAUGGUCAGCAACCGUUUCCAUGGAUUCAUCUUGAUGAUGUCUGUUUAUUGAUCAUAUAUGCUAUACAAAAUAAUCAUGUUAAUGGCAUAUUAAAUGCAUGUGCACCAGAAUUAAUAACUAAUCGAGACUUUUCUCGAACAUUUGCUUCUACUUUUAGUCCACCACGUCUAGCUAUUUUUCCAAUGCCUGCUUUUAUUAUGAAUAGUCUUCUUGGUCCUGAACGCGCUAUUAUAGCAACACAAGGUCAAAAAGUGAUUCCUCAGGCUACACUACAAACUGGUUAUGCAUUUAAAUAUCCAACUAUUAAAGAAGCUAGUCAAGAUCUGACAAAAUUAUUUCGUUAA